AUGGAGAAAACAAAAAAACGCAGUAUUGAAGAACCAAAUACAAACACAAUUCGAGUAAAUGAUACUGGACUCCAGAAAAACAAUCAAGAGGAACAUUCGAGCAAACGUCAAAGGACCGAGGUUGUUAGUAAUCCUUACUUAGCGCAUCUCAGCAAAAGUCCAUUUGACGGAUGGUUUGCAGGAAAAACUACAGCUGAACAAGCUCGAAUCGCCGAAGAAGGUGAAAUCAACCCGUUUACAAACAAGCCUUUUAGUAAUCGAUAUUACGAAAUAUUAAAAAGUCGACGGACCUUACCUGUGCAUGCACAAAGAAAGGAGUUUCUCGACUUAGUACACAAUAAUCAAUUUGUGGUAUUUGUUGGCGAAACCGGAUCUGGGAAAACUACACAAAUCCCGCAAUUUCUUUGCUAUGAUGUGCUUCCUCACUUGAAGAAGAAGCAAAUUGCAUGUACUCAGCCACGUCGAGUGGCUGCUAUGUCUGUAGCCCAACGUGUUGCUGAUGAAAUGGAUGUUAAGCUUGGUGAUGAAGUUGGUUAUAACAUUCGUUUCGAAGAUUGUUCGGGACCCAAAACAUUACUGAAGUAUUUGACUGAUGGUAUGCUCCUGCGUGAAGCUAUGAAUGAUCCGAAAUUAGAGAAAUACUCUGCAAUUAUUCUCGAUGAAGCUCAUGAACGCACUUUAGCAACUGAUAUUUUAAUGGGCUUGAUGAAACAAAUUGCCCUAUCACGUCCGGAUUUGAAAGUUGUCGUCAUGAGCGCUACCCUUGAUGCCGAAAAAUUUCAAAAAUAUUUUAAUGAUGCACCAGUUUUGACCGUGCCUGGGCGAACUUUUCCCGUGGAAAUUUAUUAUACACCUGAACCGGAACGAGAUUACUUAGAAGCAGCUAUUCGCACUGUUAUGCAAAUCCACGAAUGUGAACCACCUGGUGACAUUUUGCUAUUUCUUACUGGUGAAGAAGAAAUCGAAAAUGCAUGCUCAAAAAUUCGUUCAGAAGCCGAUGAAAUGAUAAAACACCAGCCUAGUAUGGGACCUUUAAAGGUUCUCCCUCUUUACUCGUCGCUUCCACCUCAACAACAGCAACGUAUUUUCGAGGAUGCACCUCCUCCGCGUGUCCCGGAUGGAAAACCUGGACGGAAAGUUAUUGUAUCCACAAACAUUGCCGAGACAUCUUUGACAAUAGAUGGUAUAGUCUACGUUGUUGACCCCGGAUUCAGCAAACAAAAAGUAUAUAAUCCUCGUAUCCGCGUAGAAUCCUUGCUUGUAAGUCCCAUUAGUAAGGCUUCUGCUCAACAACGGGCUGGUCGUGCUGGUCGUACACGUGCAGGAAAAUGCUUCCGCCUUUAUACUGAGAAAGCAUUUCUGAAAGAAUUGCAAGAGCAAACAUACCCUGAAAUAUUAAGGAGUAACUUAGGAAGUGUGGUCCUUCAAUUAAAGAAACUGGGUAUAGAUGACCUAGUGCAUUUCGAUUUCAUGGAUCCACCUGCACCAGAAACUCUUAUGCGAGCUUUGGAGCUUCUGAAUUAUCUCAGAGCACUUGAUGACAAUGGUGAUCUUACUGCCGAUGGUCAUCUAAUGGCCGAAUUUCCAUUAGAUCCACAAUUGGCCAAAAUGUUGAUCGAAAGUCCUAAGUAUAGGUGCUCUAAUGAAAUCUUAUCGAUUACAGCAUUGCUAUCAGUCCCAAACGUUUUUCUGCGUCCAAAUGAUUUGAAAAAGCAAGCUGAAGAUGCGAAGAGCAAGUUUGCACAUUCAGACGGAGAUCAUCUAACCUUGUUGAACGUAUAUCAUGCCUACAAAACAAAUAUCAAUGAUCCAGAUUGGUGUUAUAAUAAUUUUCUCAAUGGUCGAACUCUUAAAGCUGCUGAUAACGUCCGUCAGCAACUCAAGCGAAUAAUGGAACGUUGUGAUCAGGAGUUGGUCAGUACACCGUUUGCAGACAAAAAUUACUAUACAAAUAUACGACAAGCGUUGACAGCUGGGUUCUUUAUGCAAGUAGCGCAUUUAGAGAAAUCCGGUCAUUAUUUGACGUGUAAAGAUAAUCAGACUGUUCAGCUACAUCCCUCAUCAUCACUCGGACAUCAACCCGAAUGGGUGUUAUAUAAUGAGUUUGUUCUUACGACUAAAAAGUAUAUUCGUACUGUAACCGAAGUAAAAGCUGAAUGGCUCCUAGAUAUUGCACCAGUGUACUAUGAUCUUAGGAAUUUUCCGGAUUGUGAAGGAAAACGAGUUUUGGAAAAAAUCAUGACAAGAAGAUCUAGAAGAAAAUAA